GACAUGUGGGACAUGUGGAUUUGGGAUAUGAAUUCAUUUGAAAAACCACUUUGGGGUUAUGAACGUGAUUUCUGAUGAAACUGGAUUGGAAUAGUUUUCAUGAUCUUUGCAUAUUUAUAUAUAUAUAUAUUUUAAAAUUUUGCAUUUGACUUAAAGUGCCAUGAGAAAAUUUGCAUAUUGCAAGGUGGUCCUAGCCACCUCCUUGAUUUGGGUACUCUUGGAUAUGUUCCUGCUGCUUUACUUCAGUGAAUGCAACAAAUGUGAUGAAAAAAAGGAGCGAGGACUUCCUGCUGGGGAUGUUCUAGAGCCAGUACAAAAGCCUCAUGAAGGUCCUGGAGAAAUGGGGAAACCAGUUGUCAUUCCUAAAGAGGAUCAAGAAAAGAUGAAAGAGAUGUUUAAAAUCAAUCAGUUCAAUUUAAUGGCAAGUGAGAUGAUUGCACUCAACAGAUCGUUACCAGAUGUUAGGUUAGAAGGGUGUAAAACAAAGGUGUAUCCAGAUAAUCUUCCUACAACAAGUGUGGUGAUUGUUUUCCACAAUGAGGCUUGGAGCACUCUGCGAACUGUCCAUAGUGUCAUUAAUCGCUCACCAAGACACAUGCUAGAAGAAAUUGUUCUAGUAGAUGAUGCCAGUGAAAGAGACUUUCUGAAAAGACCUCUAGAGAGUUAUGUGAAAAAAUUAAAAGUACCAGUUCAUGUAAUUCGAAUGGAACAACGUUCUGGAUUGAUCAGAGCUAGAUUAAGAGCUGCUGUGUCUAAAGGCCAGGUGAUCACCUUCUUAGAUGCUCACUGUGAAUGUACAGUGGGAUGGCUGGAGCCUCUCUUAGCCAGGAUCAAACAUGACAGGAAAACAGUGGUAUGUCCUAUCAUUGAUGUGAUCAGCGAUGAUACUUUUGAGUACAUGGCAGGCUCUGAUAUGACCUAUGGUGGCUUCAACUGGAAGCUCAAUUUUCGAUGGUAUCCUGUUCCCCAAAGAGAAAUGGACAGAAGGAAAGGUGAUCGGACUCUUCCUGUCAGAACACCUACAAUGGCAGGAGGCCUGUUUUCAAUAGACAGAGAUUACUUCCAGGAGAUUGGAACAUAUGAUGCUGGAAUGGAUAUUUGGGGAGGAGAAAACCUAGAGAUUUGUUUUCAGAUCUGGCAGUGUGGAGGAACUUUGGAGAUUGUUACCUGCUCACAUGUCGGACAUGUAUUUCGGAAAGCCACACCUUACACAUUUCCUGGAGGCACAGGACAGAUUAUCAAUAAAAAUAACAGGCGACUUGCAGAAGUGUGGAUGGAUGAGUUCAAGAAUUUCUUCUAUAUAAUUUCUCCAGGUGUUACAAAGGUAGAUUAUGGAGAUAUAUCAUCAAGACUUGGCCUAAGACACAAACUACAAUGCAGACCUUUCUCUUGGUACCUAGAGAAUAUUUAUCCUGAUUCCCAAAUUCCACGUCACUAUUUCUCUUUGGGAGAGAUAAGAAAUGUGGAAACAAAUCAGUGUCUAGAUAACAUGGCUAGAAAAGAGAAUGAAAAAGUUGGAAUUUUUAACUGUCAUGGUAUGGGAGGUAACCAGGUUUUCUCUUAUACUGCCAACAAAGAAAUUAGAACAGAUGACCUUUGCUUGGAUGUCUCCAAACUUAAUGGCCCAGUCACAAUGCUCAAAUGCCACCACCUAAAAGGCAACCAGCUUUGGGAGUAUGACCCAGUGAAAUUAACCCUGCAGCAUGUGAACAGUAAUCAGUGCCUGGAUAAAGCCACAGAAGAGGACAGCCAGGUGCCCAGCAUAAGAGACUGCAAUGGAAGCCGAUCCCAGCAGUGGCUUCUUCGAAACGUCACCCUUCCAGAAAUAUUCUGAGACCAAAUUUACAAAAAAGGAAAAAGAAGAAAAAAAAAUAAGGAUUGACUGGGCUACCUCAGCAUACAUUUCUGCCACAUUCUUAAGUAGCAAAAAAGGAAAAGUGCUUUCCUCCUGUGGGGAUGUAAGGUUUAUCAGCCAUUGAAACUUAGACUCCUCUCGCUUUUCACUAGCUGUGAACCAGCCUUCUUGUCCAAGGACGUGAAACUACAGAGUAGCAAGACCGCGCACACUGAUGUUUACACGAUGGAAAGAGUCUUUCAUCAAGAAUCAUUGUAAAGAAUAUUCAGGCAGUGAAGCAGUCAACAAACGUGCUUUCCGGGGAGCUGCACCUUUCAUGGUUUGCUUGCACAUCAGUAACUUUCACUGAAUGUGCUGUCCUAAUGAAGAGAUUUCUAAGAUUUUUUUUCUGAUUAGGACUGGUAACCAGUAUAUUAAAUAUUGAUAGAAAAAUAAGUGAAAAAGAACUGGAACCGUUUCAGAAUCACUGGAAAACAACAUUUUUACAAUUUAAGAAAAACUAUAUUAAACAGGGUUUAAAGGAAAUUAAACAGAACUAUGAGAAGUACAAUUGUUAUAGUAUAGUAUCAAAUUUCUAUA